GCAGAAGUGAUCGUUGUUUUACCGUUACUCAUACUGUCGUGGAUUUGUUCCAAUCUUACAAACUUCCCCUUUCCCCUUUUCCCUCAGCGACUCCUCAACUCUGAUCGGGGCGGAGGUCCCUCACAUCGGCCACCAUCAUGACGCAGAUCCCUGCGGGCAAGUCCACCGGAGGCGUUCUCCAGAUCCCCGUGGCUGCGACUCAGAAGAAUGCCUCUGCGACACCGAAGAAAGCCCCGAAGCCUGCUGCCCCUCGGUUGAAACUCAUUGUCAGACGUCUCCCGCCCGGAUUGACACAAGCGGAAUUUGAGACAGCGCUGGGUCCGGAAUGGAGGAUCGGGGGUGGAAAGGUCGACUGGUUCCAAUACAAGCCGGGCAAAAUAUCCAAAGACCCAGCCAAACCUUCCCGACCCUCGCGUGCCUAUAUCCAUGUCAUGUCCAGCGAUCACAGCAUCCCCCUCUCGAAUAAAGUCCGUCAAACACCCUUUUUGGACGCCCGCAAUACCUCGAAUGACCCCGUGCUUCUGGGCCCCCCGUCUUUGGAAUUCGCGCCUUACGCCAAAAUUGCCGGAAGUCGUUCGCGCAAAGAUGCUCGUCAGGGAACCAUCGACCAGGACCCCGAGUUUAUCGCCUUUCUCGAGAGCCUCACCCAGCCAAUCGCCAAGCCAUCCGCCGUGGAAUCCGCCGAUAAUGAGGACAAAAAGGAGACUGUGACUGUUACACCCUUGGUACAGUACAUCAAGGAGAAGAAAGCCAAUAAAGCCAAGGAGUCCAGCAAAUCCUCCAAACACAAGUCGGACAAGGACUCAAAGGCGGAGAAAUUUCAAGCGAAGAAGCUGCUACAACGGCCCGACAAGGAGGCAAAUCAACCCGCCGCUACGGAGAAACCGGAAAAGAAAUCCAAGUCGGACAAAGCUACCAAGGAGGCUGUGAAAGCGGCAAGCAAGCAGGCCGCCAAUGUCGCUGCCAAGCAGGCCGCGAAGUCGUCACCAGCGCAGAACUCUCCGAAGGAUACGCCACAGCCAGCAACAGAACGGAAACGGGAACGCGGAAGUGUUGCCGCUGCUGCCAAAAUUCUCCAGCGCGACCUCGGGCUCGCUCCGUCUGGUGGUCGCCGAAAAGGUGGCCGAGCCGCUGCCACGGACGGAGAUGCCUCCAAGUCCGAUCAAAGCGGUACUGCAACCCCGGAUACAGGCAAGAAGGAAACGCCCUCCAGACCAUCUAAGGGGACAUCGACGCAGAACAAAAAAGGCAACAAUACCCAACAACCUAGUGAACCAUCCGAAGCAAACACACCUCCAGUCAGUACUACACCUAAACCAACCAAAGCCGCAAAGGGAAAGCAGGCAUCGGCAGGACCGACAGCUACCGCUACCCAAGCAUUUCUCAAGCACGCAAACCCAUCUCAGGGAGUCACCGAACCGCUGCUGGAAACGGCAUUCUCGCCAUUCGGAAAGAUUCUCAAAGUGGAGAUCGAUAAGAAGAAAGGAUUCGGUUACAUUGACUUUGCGGACCCAGACGGGCUUCAUAAAGCCAUCGCUGCUAGCCCUGUCUCGGUCGCCCAGAGUCAGGUCGUUGUAUUGGAGAGAAAGGCCAACCCCGGUGGAGAAAAGGGCCGCGGAAAAGGCCGUGGUGAAGCACAACCAUCUUCCGGAGGUGGUGGCGGCGGCGGCAAUAACAACCGGGGCGGCAAGUCCAACGAAGGCGGUAGUUCCGGAGGCAACUCAUCUCGAGGGCCACGCGGUGGACGAGGGUCCAAGAGCAAGGGAGGCCCCAAGGGAGGCGGAGGAGGAAACAGUGGAGGAAGUGCCGGAAAUGCGAGCAGCAAUCCCCCAGAGAGCAAGGGAAACUCGGAUAGUAAAUGAGCAGUUACGACAUUAUGUAUCCAACGAUAAUACCAAAC